GUCGCACAGGAAUGUUCCAGUUCAAAGCCAUUGUCACCUGCUCAUUCCGGGCAUUGAUCGAGGCCUUAAUCACCAUGUACUAGACUCUCAGGAUUAAUCCCCAAUUUCCUUUGGAACCAAGUAGGGUCCAUUCAGCCCUCAUGACUGACUGAUUUAAUAGGGACACCCAACCUAAUUUCUGUUAUAUAUGCCAAGUCACGAACAAGAGAAGUUUAAUUAUUGGUCAACCUGGCAUUCAAUAGCAGUAGUUGGAAGCCAAGGUCUGAUAACCAGACAUAAGGAAAUAGCCUUGAAUCAACUGGAGACACUGAAAUCGUCUUCCCCAGGACCAGCUAGCCCUGCCAUAUCUCUUGUCCAAGAUACUGUUGUCUGCUCCUUCUCUUCCCAAAAGGCCAAGUCUCCCUGACCUGUACCAUCCAUCCCAUUGAUAAAGGCCUCCAUCCAAUCCUAAAUUAACAAUCUUUCUCCCUCUCUGGUUAGCCAGUUCCUGUGAAUUGCUUCUGAUGUAGCAUGCAGUGAUCUGCCAGUCAGCUGCAUUCCCAUCACACAUCCACACCACACUCCCAAACCCCCUCUCCCACUCUCAUAUGGGGUUAUGAGGGGCAAAAUAGGUGCUCACCACUGGCUGGAUCAACCCAGAAAUUACAGUCCCUCCUCCACAUACAGUAACAUCCAGAGGAAAUCUAGGUGAUCUCAUCAGUUGGCUCCAAAUACUGAUUGAAAAUCCUUUCAUUUCUCAUUCAGUGCUGUGCAGAAGAGUCCUUGGGCACAUGCUGCCAAAAGGUGGCACGAAUGGAUACAUUUCUUUUGCAGUCAAUACCAUUUGUAAAAGACAAAAUGGCUUCUGCUCAGAGUGACAGACUCCAUGGCAGGUGCAGGGCAGAAGCCAAUCUCCAGCUCUGCUACUGGGCCAGUUUUGCUCCUUGGCACUCACCCAUGGCAACCAGAAGCAUAAAUCUCUGAAUUUAAGGUUCUCUGUGUUGCCACCAUUGCUGUCCACUAGCUGAUCGACAGUAUCCCCAACUCUAAUCUGGAGCACCUCUAAUCAUUUGAUUGAGUGCCAUAGUUACUGUUUUUUUCUGGGCUGGAAAAAUGUUGUAUCUAGGUCACCUUAAAGGGCCUAGCUAUGGUCACCUCCAACAAUCAUUGCUAACUCUUUUGAUGCAGAUUGGAUUUGCUCUUUUUAUUUAUUUGUAUUCCUUUUUUAAUUAAAAAGAGCAAAACAGAAACAAUAGUGAUGGUAUCGUUGGGAAAGCGAAGGAAAAAUGCUUUGACAAAAAGAAAAAAUACAACAAAUACAGGAGUAAAAAGAGGGGAAGAGAUUGGAGUGGGCUGUUGUAAUUUGUCUAGAGUGGAUUAUGCCACUAUUGAAUAUUCACUAUAUAGAUAUAUUACUUCGUUCUGUAUUUCCUUCUCUGGUACACCAUAGGGACAUCUUAAUUUAGUGAAUGUCAAAGUCCAAAAGAAUAAUCUGGAAAUUUAUUAUUUGGGUUGCUUAAAAAGAGUGUUCUGAACUUUGCUUUUGUUUAAUGAUUAACAAGUUGAAAACUAGCAGAACUAAAUGAUUUAAAGACAAAACAGAGUGAUCUACAUCAUGUCUGAAAGACCAAUUUGCAUUGCUGAUUUUGAAAAGUUUGCUAAGAAAUUUCUUCAAAAGUCUGUGUACGAUUACUAUAAGUCUGGGGCUGAUGAUCAGCAAACCUUAGCUGAAAAUGUAGCUGCAUUUUCAAGAUUAAGACUAUACCCCCGGAUGUUGAAAAAUGUGUCAACCUUGGACCUGUCAACUUGUGUCUUGGGAGAGAAAAUCAGUAUGCCAAUAUGCAUUGCAGCCACUGCCAUGCAGUGCAUGGCUCAUGCAGAUGGGGAAAUUGCAACUGCUAGAGCCUGUAGGUCAGCAGGAACAGGGUUGAUGCUGAGUUCAUGGUCCACAACAUCUAUAGAAGAAGUUGCUCAGGCAGCUCCAAAGACAAUUCUCUGGUUGCAGCUGUAUAUUUAUAAGGACCGGCAGGUCACCAGGUCUUUGGUGCAUCGGGCUGAAAAAGCUGGAUACAAAGGCAUUUUUGUGACUGUGGACACCCCGUAUCUCGGAAAACGCUUAGAUGAUGUACGCAACAAGUUUCAUCUGCCUCCGCAUCUCAGAAUGAAAAAUUUUGACACCAACGAUCUGGCAUUUUCAUCCGAAAAGGGUUAUGGUGAAAACAGUGGCCUGUCUGUUUAUGUAGCAGAGGCAAUUGAUCCAUCAAUCAACUGGGAUGAUUUGAAAUGGCUCAGAGGACUGACUUCAUUGCCCAUUGUUGCUAAAGGAAUCCUCCGAGCUGAUGAUGCUAGAGAAGCAGUAAAGCUUGGCGUAAAUGGGAUUUUGGUAUCAAAUCAUGGCGCACGUCAACUGGAUGGUGUUCCAGCUACUAUUGAGGUCCUGCCUGAAAUCAUAGAUGCAGUGGAAGGGAAAACUGAAGUAUUUCUAGAUGGUGGAAUAAGAAAAGGCACAGAUGUUCUCAAAGCCCUGGCUCUUGGGGCCAAAGCAGUCUUUGUAGGAAGGCCUGUAAUCUGGGGUCUUGCCUACCAGGGCGAAGAUGGUGUGAAAGAAGUUCUUCAGAUAUUGAAAGAAGAGUUCAAAUUAGCAAUGGCGCUCUCUGGUUGUCCAAAUGUAGAAGCAAUAGACAGAACAUUGGUACGGAGAGUUCAGUGGGAAGCUUCCAGGAUGUAGCUGCAUGUGUUGUACAAACCUCAGCUGGUUGUGUAUUUGUUGUUACUUAUCAAGAAUUUGGAAUUAAAAAUAAAUGAAAGCUUCCAGGACAAGUCUUA